AUGAAUCCUACAAUUAGCCAGUCAAAUCAGAUUGAUACUGCAGAGAGCUCCUAUGAUCGUUUGAUUAAUAGACUAUUACAGAAGGGUUUACAGCCAUUUGAUGUUGGAGGCUGUGGAGAUUGCUUUUUCCGAUCAGUAUCUCAUCAGUAUUAUGGUUCUCCUGACUUUCACAUUGAAAUAAGGAAAGCAGGUGUUAAAUAUCUUCAAGAACAUCCUGAGUUGUUUGUGGAAAGUGUAUCAGAGCAUUCAUGGCAAAUGUAUUUGCAAAGAAUGACCACUCCUGGGACAUGGUGUGAUAAUAUUAUUAUUCAGGCUGUAGCCAAUCAACUUCAUUGUGACAUUCAUAUAAUAGAGUCAAGGCUCUCAUGCCCAGAAGGAUCAACAAUUACUCCAUCUGGUGACCGGGAAAUAACAAAAGUAUUGUUUGUUGGGUACAUAGAGGAUUUACAUUAUGUUUCUACAGUGCCACACGGUAGAAAUACAAAUGCUCUUAGAUAUCUAAAAUUCAAAUUAUCUGAAACAGAACUUCAGCACAGAGAGAGACUAGAAGCAAAACGACACAGAUAUAAAGAAAAUAAAAAAAACUCUUGGAAAGAAGAAAGUAUGCAUUAG